AUGAUUGUCUCCUCGCCAUCUCACCCUGCAAUGACAAUGCACACAGAACCGAUCAACUCUGCUUACCGUCGGAGGACGACCGGCACGACGCCUCUGGACCCACCGGAUCCGCCGAACCGGUUUCAACAACACACAUACUCUCUCCAUCUGCCUAUGUGUUACCAUCGCCGGGAAACCUCAACUCGCCCCCCAUCUCACCUCUCGACUUCAGUAGCCCUCAUUUCACCUCUCGAUUUACAGUCCCAAUCGCCAUCACUGCCACCACCGUUCUCUACCCCAAUCUAUCGGAGCUUCUCUGCUGCUACUCCGUCCUUGGACCUAGGAUCUCCACCGGUGAAGUCGGCUUAUGUCGGCGUUAGGACCGGAGCGGUCCCCACCGGAAAAUCUCCAUCGCGAUAUAACUUGACCACCUUCCAUCACCGUCUGCUUCCGCCGAUGGCCUCUCCAGAUCUUAACGGCACGAGAUCUGGUAGGUUGAAUAGCGAUCGAAAGCUGCUAAAGCCAUCGUCGGGAUCCGUCUCUCGAACCCGGGCUCGAGACUCUAUAUCUUGCCGACAAUAUCGAAGCUUGAUGAGCCCACCGUCCCUUUCCCCUCCGUGGUCUCAGGUCGAGUCCUCGGCCCCAUCCAAUUACCCUCUUGUCGUCAGAGAUCUCUGUACCAGCUUUUGCAAGGCGGCUCGGAAGCUCAAUCUCCGAUUACCCUCUCCAACGGAGAUCUGUUCUGAUCCACAACCAUACCUCCCUCCGGUACAGACCGACCUCUAUCGUGGUUCGAGCAGUGAGUUAAUUUCUUCCCUAUGGGAGAGAUCCUUACCACUGUCUUUCUCUGGAGAUAGACAUGUCAAACUCUACUCCUUAUUCUGGGAGAAACAGAUACCUUCCAAGGUAUAUGUAACAGAAUUUCCAGUCUUAUUCCUCGCCGGCGAAGGGACAACGGGACAAUGUGUUCCCAUCGUUUUCAUGAUGAUUUUAGCCCGGAGUUGUAUUUGUUGUCCCGUAACGAACUUGCUUAAACUCGGUUACGGCUAUAUAAGUUCUUCCGUCAAAGAGAGACCUAUCACAACCACUUCUUUGGAGUGUGUUCACAAAAGCUCAGCCUUUAAGGCAGCUAUUGAUGUUCUUUUGCCAAUGAUGGUAGAAGAAUUGGAUAUCGAUUUGUUUGCAAUCGAUUUUAAAGCCCUUUUUAAGAAGCUUCCGGUUUUUGUCUACGAUUCAAACCGUCUAACCUAUCUCUUGAAACUUAUCUUGACGCAUCCGGGAUCUCCUUUGGAUUCGUUGUCUUGUAGUCUCUUCUAUGUGUUUAUUGCUUUCAAUUGUUGUACUUUGCAACUUUGUAUGUUUACUAAUUAA